AUGCUGACAGCUGCUCCACGUGUCAACGUGGGAGAGGUGGACGUGGAGGGUGGCGUUGAGGGAGAGGGAGCGGUGGGAGCAGCAGCAAGCACAGGUGGAGAGGGGGGAGUAGAGGGGGCGGUGGGGGAAGAAGCGGUGCGGGAAGCAGCAGUGGAGGAGGCGUUGGGGGACGCAGUGGGGGAGUGCAUGGAUCUGUAUUUCCUGGCGGAGGGGCAGCAGACUCGAUUCCACAUCGCCACACAGGUACAGCAGCAGGCGGACAGGGAGGCGGAGCUGAGGCAGUUCAUGCUGGGGCAGCUGAGAGCGCUGGACGACCGGCGGGAGUGGUGGGUGGCGCUCAACCUCACGGGCGAGGAGGCUAGCGAGAAGCUCAAGACCAUGCCGGAUGGCGCAGACAAGACCAAGCUAUCGGAGUUCCUCUUCUGGUACCUGCCCUUUCAUGCCUGGUUCGACUCCGAGGGGCCCGACCACCCCAAGGCCGUCGCUCACGUGGACGAGCAGCGCGCUGUGCUGGCAGCCGCCACGUCAGCUGCCACGUCAGCAGAAUCGACCCUGAAAGCCACGCAGGAGCGGCUGUGGGAGGAGUGUGGAUUGCGGCUUCCCCACAGCAACUGGACAGACGAGCAGAGCGCACUGCUGGAGCGAUACGCUGCUGUUGCCAACGUCUCCGGAUGCACAGAACAGUGCACCGAUUGGGAGGCUAUUUACCCCGAGUACGAAACUCAACCGGGGCUAGUCGCCCCGAAGCACGUGUGGCAGAAGCUACCAGAGCACUACCCCGACACCCGCCCCAACGUCUCCUUCAUUGUCACAUACGGCGGGCGAGCAGAGCGCGUGCAGGCGCUGGUAUCCCGCCUGUACGCGUGCACUCACGGCAUGGCGGGGACUGGUUCCCUGCUGGGCAUUCGAGCUGAGAUGGUGGUGAGUGUGAUGCACCCCGAUGAGACGCUAGAGGCGUGGAUGCAGGCGACCAACGACACUGCCGAGGGCAUCUUUGUGGUGCCUGUGCUGCCGAGGUUGGGAGCCGCACCGCUGAUGUUGAAUGACCUGGCGAGGAUGGCGCGCGGGGAGGUGGUGAUGAUGCUGCAUGGGGACGCGCUGCCACCCGCCUCGUGCCUCUGGCUGGACAGCCUGCUGGCUGCGUUUGCUGCGUGGCCUCGCCUGGCAGUGGCGGGCUUCCGCACCGAUGGGCUGGGGGAGGCUGGCAGCGCAGAGGGGCGUGUGGAGGGAGCGGAGGCGCUUCAAGAGGCUCCUGCUGCUGCCAGCGUGCGGUUUUGGAAGGCGUUUGCAGAGGAGAUGGCGGGGAGAGGUGGAGGCAGCGGGGGAGGGAGCGGGGGAGCGGAGGGACGGGAGGGAGGGGAGGUGGGGUGGAAGGACCCAGAGAUGGGGGUGGCGAUGCACUUCACAGGGCUGGUAACCGCGUUCCCUGUGGUGGUGCGGCGCUGUGUGCUGGAGGACAUGGGGUGGCUGGAUGAGGCCGACAUGCGGCAAGGAGGGGCGGCUGUCAUGAGCGACUGGCACCUCUGCUCACGCACAUGGCUCUCAGGCUACCAGGUGGGUGGUGGGCUACUAGGUGGGUGGUGGGCUGUCAGGUGGGUGGUGGGCUGUCAGGUGGGUGGUGGGAUGUCAGUCACCAGCACCUUCCCCAUCCUGCCUAUCCCCCCACAUGCUCUCCCCCCUCCUUCCCCCUCCGCCCACCACCUACAGGUGGCGCAUGUACAGCUGCACACGGGGGAAGGCGACCCUGGGGACUGGCUCACUGUCACGCGCGCACAGCACCGCCACGUGCUGCCGGGGCAUGGUGGGGGCGAGCAGGGCAGUGCAGUGGAGUAUGGGGAGUACGACGCUGCGAUGGCGGGGUACCAUGAUGACAUUGUAAAGGAGGUCGCUCGGUUGAAUCGCCUGCUCGUUCGCACUACAUAA